CGGGUUUUGGGGUGUAGGAAGCGCAGGAGCGUCGUUUGGCAUCAAAAAAAUCAAAAAUUCAAUUUUAUUUAAUUUCAAAAAGUCCCCAGAGUGUAAAAAGCCAAAAAACGGUAGUCUAAAUUCAGGGGCAGAGUGCAUCCCGCUCCCACCCUCGGUCCCUCUCGCUCGCACAUCGUCUGUUUAGUCAGUACAUGUCGCAUGUUCAAAUGUGUGUUUGUUAGUUGCAAUACAAGCUGAUUUAGUAGACGAAAGAAACAUGCUGCGAAUUUUCGUCCGGAAGAAUUUGUGGGCGAAUUUCCCGGCUGUGGGGGCGUUUCACACGUCCGCAGUGGACACAGCUGCCAGGAAGGGAACACGAGAGAAGGCCAAGAAGAAGAAAGUGAAGGUGGAAGUGAAGAAAGUCGGUUUCAUCCCACACAAUCAGCGGAAGAAGGACAAUAUUGUCGCAAAUGUUGUCAAUAAGCAUGUGGAUGAUUCGUGGAAGCAAACACCGCAUGACGACGUCUAUGUGGGCAAAUACUACAAAUGGAAGGUCUACUCUUUCCGGGAAGCUGUGGAGAGUCACCGGGAGACGCAUCAUCCCACAAUGUACAACAUCCCAAAUGCCAAUCUCGAUGUCCACAUUGAGCUGAACAUGGUGGCGGAAAAGAAGACUCGGUACAUUGAGAAUUUCCAUCGAAUAGCAAAGAUUGAGCACAGCUUUGAUCUCGGGGUCGACAGGAAGAUUCUGGUGUUCACAAAGGCAAAAGAAAUUGCCCAGGAAGCUCUAGCAGCCGGGGCUAGCCAUGCUGGGGGUGCAGAGCUCAUUAGAGACGUUCAAAAUGGGGAAGUUCUGCUCAGUGACUACCACUAUGUGCUGGCACAUCCGGAAAUCCUUCCGGAAUUGGUCACCCUGCGGGGGUUGAUGAAGAAAAAGUUCCCAAAUCCCAAGAGUGGAUCCCUGGGAGCCGAUAUCCCAGCCAUGGUGCAUCACUUCAAGAAUGGUGUGGAGUAUUCAGCUGUUAGGGAUGAGAAUCAGCUGGAUUUUGGCCUGGUGACCACUACAAUUGGAACGCUAAACAUGGACAUUGAGCACCUGGAAAAGAACUUGAUCAGCAUCCUAGAGGACCUGGACAGUGUACGACCAAAGAGAGAUGGAAAAUUCAUUUCCCGCGUCCUUCUCAAAUCGGCCCCAUCUGCGGAACAAUUCAAAAUCGAUCCCUUCCUCUACGUCGACGAGGUGCUGGAAAAAUAUGCCACCAAAGUUGAUGCUGAAGCAGAAGAGAAGAAGGAGGAGGCUCAGGCUGUUCAAUAAGAUGUGCGUCUCUUCCGGCAAUUAGUCACAGAGCAUUUCUGCCUUCAACUCUCAUAAACAAACGAGAGAAGCAAAAACUUUUGUCGCGAUUGUGAAUGAACACAGUGGUGUUCAUUGUUAAAGCAUUGAAGAGUUGUUGUGUUUACAGAAGCACAUGGUAAAGUAGAUUAACACGUAA